GGUGACAAGGCGGCGCAGGCCCUGGGCCGCUGCAGUGAGCGCUCUCCGUCCCGCUACCCGCGAGCGGGAAGAGCCCCGCACACGCGCGGUCGAAGGCCGGGCCCCGCCGAACGCAGGACACCUCUCAGCAGCCGGGCUGCGUCUGGGCCCUCCGGGACCGCACCGCCCAGGCAGCCCCGCCGGCUCGCCCCAGCCCUCCCCGCGCUCGCGCCGGCUCGCGCCUGCGCGCGCAGGACCUGAGCAGGCGCCCGCCGGGAAAGGGAAGCGGCGGGUUGGGAGCAGAUUAUGGAUAACAGUUCUUUUAAUCAAUCUGUCAUCAUGGCUACUGAAGGCUUUUCUAAGACUAGUGAUAGUCCUUUUUCAUCAGAUAAACAUGCCCAACUCAUCUUAGCUCACAUCAAUAAAAUGAGGAAUGGACAGCAUUUCUGUGAUGUCCAGCUGCAAGUUGGGCAGGAAACUUUUAAAGUUCAUCGGCUGGUUUUGGCUGCCAGCAGUCCUUACUUUGCAGCUUUGUUCACUGGAGGAAUGAAGGAGUCCUCAAAAGAUGUUGUAGAGAUUCUAGGGAUUGAAGCUGGAAUCUUUCGGAUACUUCUAGAUUUUAUUUACACAGGUAUAGUGAACAUAGGUGUGAAUAAUGUUCAAGAGUUGAUUGUUGCAGCAGACAUGCUACAGUUGACUGAAGUUGUUAAUCUUUGCUGUGGAUUUCUGAAAGGACAAAUUGAUCCACUGAACUGUAUUGGGAUCUUUCAGUUCGCUGAGCAAAUUGCUUGCCAUGAUCUUUUGGAAUUCACAGAAAACUACAUUCAUGUCCAUUUCCUGGAGGUUCAUAGUGGGGAAGAAUUCCUGGCACUUACAAAAGAUCAGCUGAUCAAAAUUUUACGAAGUGAAGAACUUAGCAUUGAGGAUGAAUACCAAGUCUUCUUAGCUGCAAUGCAGUGGAUUAUGAAAGAUCUGGGAAAGAGAAGAAAACAUGUGGUGGAAGUGCUAGACCCGAUUCGAUUUCCUUUAUUACCAUCUCAGAGGCUUUUAAAGUAUAUAGAAGGAGUAUCUGAUUUUAAUCUUCGAGUUGCAUUGCAAACACUUUUGAAAGAGUACUGUGAGGUGUGCAAGUCUCCCAAAGAGAACAAGUUUUGCAGUUUUCUACAAACAUCCAAGGUUCGACCUCGGAAGAAAGCAAGAAAGUACCUGUAUGCAGUAGGUGGAUAUACUCGGCUACAAGGUGGUCGUUGGAGUGAUAGCAGAGCCCUCAGCUGUGUAGAACGUUUUGACACUUUUAGCCAGUACUGGACCACUGUGUCUUCACUUCAUCAGGCUCGAUGUGGGCUGGGAGUAGCAGUUCUGGGAGGGAUGGUCUACGCGAUUGGAGGUGAAAAAGAUUCGAUGAUUUUUGACUGCACUGAAUGCUAUGAUCCUGUUACUAAACAGUGGACAACUGUAGCUUCAAUGAAUCAUCCUCGCUGUGGCUUAGGAGUGUGUGUGUGUUAUGGGGCUAUCUUUGCAUUGGGUGGUUGGGUUGGAGCUGAAAUAGGGAACACCAUUGAGCGAUUUGAUCCUGAUGAAAAUAAGUGGGAAGUAGUUGGCAACAUGGCUGUGUCACGUUACUACUUUGGGUGUUGUGAAAUGCAAGGUUUAAUUUAUGUAAUUGGGGGCAUCAGCAAUGAAGGAAUAGAGCUUCGUUCUUUUGAAGUUUAUGACCCACUUUCUAAGCGUUGGUCUCCACUUCCUCCAGAAAAGUGGGUUGAAGUUGCUUCAAUGAAAGUGCCUAGAGCAGGCAUGUGUGUUGUAGCAGUCAAUGGUCUUCUGUAUGUUUCUGGAGGUCGAACUUCCAGCCAUGAUUUUUUGGCCCCAGGUACCUUGGACUCCGUUGAAGUUUAUAACCCUCAUUCUGAUACAUGGACAGAAAUUGGUAACAUGAUCACCAGUCGUUGUGAAGGAGGUGUUGCUGUGCUAUGAAAUAUAAAGUACAAGGGAACACAAGGAAGAUUUUGAAAGUGCAAGAUCUGACCUUUUGCAAAUCAAACAUGUUUGAUAUUAGGACCCUCUGAUUCUAUUGUAUUUUACAUGCAUUUGGUAGAUAAAUGACAAAAGAGUGAUUUUUCUAAAAAGCCAGGGGAGACAUGAAAUAUAUCCUAAGUUAAUAAAGAGCCCACACAAACUUGACAAGCUUGUCAACAAUAGAAAUUAAUUUCUGGACAAAUAAACUUGUACAGCAGUUUCAUUUGUAAAACUCUAUGUUAGAGGCUCUGUGGCAAAUAGUCUCUGUUACAUAACCUAUAUAUGAUAUAGGAAUAAUAUCAGUGAGACAGGUGGUUUUUUUUUUUUUUUUUUUUUUGACAGGCAGAGUUAGAGAGAGAGAGAGAGAGACGGAGAGAAAGGUCUUCCUUCCGUUGGUUCACCCCACAAAUGGCCGCUACGGCUGGCAUGCUGCACCGAUCCGAAGCCAGGAGCCAGGUGCCUCUUCCUGGUCUCUCAUGCAGGUGCAGGGCCCAAGCACCUGGGUCAUCCUCCACUGCCUUCCCAGGCUACAGCAGAGAGCUGGACUGGAAGAGGAGCGACCGGGAUAGAAUCCGGUGCCCUAACCGGGACUAGAACCCGGAGUGCCGGCUCUGCAUGCGGAGGAUUAGCCUAGUGAGCCGCAGCGCCGGCCCAAUGAGACAGUUUUAAAACUUCUCAUUGAUGAUUUAAUCCAGAGCACAAUUUUCCAUGAUGGUAGUUUAGCCUAUAGAAAACCAAUGGAACAACUUCUCACUUUUAUUUGAUGGCAGAACUUUUCAACAGUUAAACCUUUUGUUGGCAGCAGAUAGACUGGGGAGGGGUAGGUGGGAAAUAUUUACCAUUUAUAUAGAUGUAUUUGCUUGUUGCUAACACCUAAGAAAAUCUUUUGCUCCCCCAUUAUUUUUGUCUUGAUUUUGAGAAUUGCAAGUGCAGAAUUAAUUGGAGGUUCUUAAUGAUUUCAUAAUACUAGGAUGUUGUAAUGGGUGAUAGAGCUCAUCAGGCAUUUAGUAUUAUGCAUUUAGAAAUUUCUUCUUUAUUUUUGAGACAGUCAUCAAAAUUAUAUGGAUGGUUUCAGGAAGAGGAAAUUUGAUUAGAUUAUCAUGCUCUGUGAAUCUACUUGUACUUGGGCAAGCCUGAAAACUGACUUGCUACAAAGCUGCCGCUUGGCUUGGAGAAGGCUCAGUUAUAGGUACAGAUUGAGUAUCCCUAAUCUAGAAAUCUGAAAUCUAGCUUUUUGAGUGCUGACAUGAUGCCAGAAUUUAGAACAAUUUGAAUUUUGGGAUUAGGGAUGCUCAACUAGUGUAGUCUAUGCAAAUAUUCCAAAAUCUGAAAAACUCAAAACUUUGUCCCCAGAAAAACAUUCAACAGAAUUGUUUUGUUCAUUCCUGAGAGAAGAUUCAUCUUUUGUGUGGGAACAUUACUUAUAAAUUAUUUUUACUGGCCAGUUAUUAAAGGUCUUGAAUACAUUAAGGUUUAACUUGUUGACUAAAGGAUUUGAGUUCUUAUUUACUGAGAUCCUUCAGUAUAUUGUUGGAGGCAUCAGCAACUUAACAUAGAAAAUCUUUGGACAGCAUUAAAAACUCAGGUAGCACUCAUAUCUAAAAUAUUUGGUUUGGCCCACAGUAUACUUUCAUUCAUAAAUUAACUAUUUGCAUGUUAUAAAGUGUAGACUAUUUAAGAUCUCACUUAUGUGCCUUUACUAUUUCUUGUUACAGACAAUCUGUAUUUUGUUUCAAAACAGAAUUACAAAAUACUCCUACAAUUAAUUCUCUCUAUCGCAUAGUACCAACCUAAAAUGGCACUGUGAAGAGAGCUGUUUUGCAUUGCCAUGGCAGAAAUGUUAAUGCCAAGACAUUCAGUGUUUGGGUUUAAUAAAUCCAGAAGAUCCCUGAAAAUAGGUCAUUACAGAUAUGCUUAUUAUUUCCUAGGUAAUGAUAUACUGAAAAGAAUGUACUAAUAAAAUAUCUGUUUUUUUUUUCUUUACUUGUGUUAUUAACUUAGUUUAUUAGCAGCAUCCCUGAAUCACCACACUGUGGUAGGACUGCAUGAGUUUUGUUUGUUUGUUUUUUAGCUUGUUUUAUCAUUAGGAAAGUACACACUGAUUUUUACAUUUAAUUCGAUUUUCUGAUCAGCUAUUAAAGUGUUCAUCCUCCAA